AUGUCCAAGAUCAACUUCAUCAUCAUGGUCACCAUUCUUCGGCCUUUGCGCAUGCUGGUCACAGAGUCCAUCGUCCUGUUCUUCAGCAUAUACACGGCUUUCAACUUCUCUGUGCUCUUUGCCUUUUUUGCGGCCUUCCCCAUUGUUUCCCAAUCCCCAUAUCCCGAGAUCCAAGUUUAUCACUUUAACACCGGCGAAUCUGGCCUUCAUCUUCGUUGGAAUCGGCACCGGAGUCUUUCUUCCGACCGCCAUCUUCGUGACAAGAGACCAUACCAUUUACCGCCGGUAAACGCUGCUUCGCCGUUCAAACAAUGA